AUGCUUUAUGGUCUUCGCUCCUCGAGACUUCUGUACAACCCAUGUCGACGAACUCCCAGUGGCCUUGCACCCCGGCGCAGCCUCCUUACCCUUGCGAUUGAGUCCUCUUGCGACGACACCUGCGUCGCCAUCCUUUCAAAAUGUACAACAACAAAUAGGCCGCGCCGGGUGAAGGCACAGCUGCUCUACAAUAAAAAGAUCACCGCCAAAAACACCGGGAAAGGAGGCAUCCUCCCCACCGAGGCACUAGAGAGUCACCAAUCGAACCUCUCGAAAUUGCUGGAGGAUGCGGUCCUGUCUUUACCGACCGCCAACGAUGCACUCCCCGAUGCAAAGAGAACAUGGCUUCGAGAUGGCACGCCGAAGCAAAAACCAGACUUCAUCUCGGUAACGAGGGGUCCCGGAAUGUCAGCGAACCUUGGGGUUGGGUUGGCUACGGCCAAAGGCAUCGCGACAGCAUGGCAGAUACCAAUGGUCGGUGUUCACCACAUGCAAGCCCACGCUUUGACACCAAGGCUUGUUCAUGCAAUGUCUGGAGAAGACCCUCUCAAACAGACUUCUCCAACACCAACGUUUCCGUUCCUGACAUUGUUGGUCAGUGGUGGGCACACAAUGCUGCUCUAUUCAAAGGGCCUGGUCGACCACAAGAUCUUGGCUACAACUACCGACACAGCCGUGGGUGACGAGCUGGACAAGUGUGGACGCCUCAUCCUUCCUCAAGAGCUGCAGCAGAGCACUCCGGAUACUGCCUUUGGGAAAUAUCUUUCAAGAUACGCCUUCAAGGACCCGGAAGAAUUCAAGUCCUGGCGCGUGCCGCAAACACGCGUCGAAGAGCUCAAUAAGCCAUCGAAUAAGUUUGGAUGGAGCCUUACGACCCCGAUGUCCCAGAACAGGGAUUUGGCCUUUAGUUUCUCAGGCAUUGCGAGCCAGGUCAAGAGGCGUGCCCUCGCAAGUGGAGCCGAGACUGGCCAUUUGACGGAGGAAGAGAGGGUUUUAUUGGCCAGGUCUGCCCUGGGCACAGCCUUUGAACAUCUGGGAUCGCGAACCAUCAUUGCAUUGGAGAAGCUCCGUGCAGAAGGUGUUGAGAUUCCCACUUUGGUGGUGAGCGGAGGCGUGGCGGCGAACGACUUCUUACGCUACUAUCUACGAAGACUUUUGGAUUUGCGUUCUUUCGAGCGGAUGGCCCUGGUCUUUCCACCUGUCGAUCUCUGCACGGACAAUGCGGCGAUGAUUGGAUGGGCGGGCAUUGAGAUGUUCGAGGCUGGCUAUACAACUGAUACGAGCUGCGCACCCGUGAAGAAAUGGACAAUGGACAGCCAAGGGCCUGACGGGGGAAUUUUGGGGAUUGGAGGCUGGGUGACAAGCUAG